UCAAAAAGAGACGAUUAAUUUUUUCCUCCUAAUAACUUGGCCCCUAAAUCGCUAGUGCAAAGUCGUGUUUUUCGUUAAACUUCCUGAACUUUUUGUGAUUAAAGUGUUACCAAUCGUUAGCUGUUUGCACAUUCCAGACCGUGAAGGUUGAUUUUUCCUGGAAACAAUGAAGGAUUACACGAAAAAAUGAAAUCAUCCUACUCUGCAUGACAAGCUGCGCUUUGUAGAGCCAUUCUCUUUGUGUUUUCACAUAUCGAGGCUUGCGCCUCAAGUCCAAAUGGAAGCAAUCAUUCAAGAUCUCAACAUUCCCAAGCGCCAGAUUCGGGAAACGCGGAGCCCCAAUCGAUUCCAGCUGCUCGCUCAUAAAUCAUGGCUGAAGGCGAUUUCCCAGAGCGGGAAAGUGCCGAGCGACUUCCCACUUUAUGGCAACGAAGCGUUCGAGUGGCCUCGCGGUGGCCCAAGCAGUGCCUGGUCACGGCUCUACAUCAGCGUCUACAAAAAGCACCCCACCAAGGUCAUCCCGCUGCCGCGCAACAAACUACUCGCCAACCUCAACAACGGCGAUGCGCAUCCCUCGGAGAACGAGGACCCGCUGCACUACUCUCAGCUCUUGCAGUACGUCUCCCAGACGAAUCACAAGAAUCUCUGGAAGACUGCCUAUCGUAAGUAUGCCGCCUCGCGACCCGAUCAUCAUCAGCACCAACCGCCCCAUCCAGCAAACACAAGCAAUGCCCAGCAGCACUUUACCAGCAUGGGAAGCUUCGAUAAUGGCAAUAACUCCACUAUCAGUGGCCUCAAUAGUACAAAGAAACACCAGCAGGAGAACAACAACAUAUCAGCAGCGCUGCUUCCAUACGACUUUGUGCUGCGGGAAGCGUUGACUCGGACCUACGGAUGUCGUGUCGUACGGUUGGACGUCUGCACCGAGGACGGGGGAGUUGUCACGGAACAGACCUGUUCACUGAUGCAGCCACAUACCAAUCUAUACCCAGUGCUGGGAGCAAUUGAGACCAACAUGAACCUUUACUUGAUUUUUGAUCCAUUUAUUGAAAACAAUUUGUUGGACUGCGUCACUUACAGCCCGGCCAUCCUCGAGAAAUCUCACAACAAACCGCUGUUCUUGAUUUAUCAAUUACUGAAUCUGAUGAAAUCGUUGCACGAUCGUGGGUUAAAUAUGGGCAACAUAGGUCUGGGCGAUAUCCAUCUGACGGAGAACUUAUGGGUGAGAGCCAUUCCUAACCUAGAAGCAAACCUCUUGGAGUUUGACGACGACAUCCAACGACAGCUGGAAGAACUCAGUUCAAAUCGGCUGGGCCUGAGCAGAGAUUCGAAAGUAAGGCUUCUCAAAGGGCUUGAUCUCAAAUAUUCAUUGAAAGACUACUGCGAAAUGUGGUGUCAUGGACAGUUGUCAAACUUCGACUACCUCACGAUUCUGAAUAAUCUGGCCGGACGGAGAAUAGGCUGCCCCGAGCACCAUCACAUUAUGCCAUGGGUUACCGAUUUUUCCACCAGAAACGGACAGAUUUGGCGAGAUUUGAAGAAAUCCAAGUUCCGUUUGAACAAAGGCGAUGCGCAGUUGGAUCUGACGUUCCAGGCGGCGAUUGGUACGGAGGGAACCGUGCCUCACCAUGUAUCGGAUGUUCUCUCGGAAAUCACUUACUACGUUUACAUGGCCCGCAGAACCCCCAAGUCUACGCUGUGCAAGUACGUCCGGCCAAUAUGGGUUCCAGCGGAAUAUCCCGUUUCGGUACAACGCUUACACGAGUGGACGCCAGACGAGUGUACUCCGGAGUUUUUCACGGAUCCGUCAGUAUUCAAAAGUAUUCACGAAGAUCUACCCGAUCUGGAGGUGCCGAUUUGGGCAACCUGCCCGGAAGACUUCAUCGCAAAACAUCGGGAAGCAUUGGAGAGCCAGUACGUCUCGGAGAAGCUACACAAUUGGAUUGAUCUCACAUUUGGCUACAAACUGACUGGGUCGUCUGCGAUCAAGUCGAAAAAUGUCUGCCUAUCGCUGGUGGACAAACAUCAGAAUCUCUGUCAACGUGGAGUAGUUCAGCUGUUCACCAAUCCUCAUCCGGUGCGACAGUUUACCACCAUCUGGAAUGGGAAAACUCCUCCGAGGUUGUCGACGCUGCAGGAAUCUCGACAGAGGUUGACUCGCAGUUCGGAGGAUCUCUCCCGUCAGGGUUCAAGUUCCGGAUAUUCUGGAUCCGAUUCCGGCGGGUUUUAUCCGGAGUACACCUCUUCACCUCAGAACCGAUAUUCUUCCCAAAUCCUACGCUCGGGGAGCUGCAAAUCGGAAUCCAUAGAGCGAUCGACUAGCUACCACAUCAACGUACAACCCAAAGCUCCUUCAAUGUUGGCUCUACCGAAGAAUUAUAAUCCUGUGGCUCAACUGAACGCAGUGGAAAAUUUGGGAGUAUUCAUAUCCAAAACCUUCCAGGCUUCCCUAGCGACGGAUGACUCGGGGAAGGAUGCAGCAAAGAACAAACUGUUGGAUGAUGAUUUUGAGCUGUGGAACGUGAGCACCGCAAGUAGCUACGAUCGAGAACUGGGUUACGAAACCAACUCGUUUACCAAUCGAUUGUUUUCGGAAGCUUACGAGGCAUCUUUGUUGAAAGACAGAAAGAUGUUUCAGAAUCUUCGUUCUCAGAGUCUGCAGAAUCAACCUAGUUCGAGGCAUACAUUUAAGCAACUGCUCUUGGACGUGCGGACAAACGAUCUGAAGGUGCUGGGAUGUCUAAUUGUGGAAUUGUUUUUGGCAUCGAAGCUACGGCCGCUGGGAAGUUGCGUUCAACAAGACUUCGAAAGUAGAUUUGAGUCUUGCGUGAAACUUGUAAGGAAAGAUCUGAAACUAAUCCCGGUUUGCGUUCAAUAUGCCGUAAAGUUACUUCUUGGAAUUGAUUCUCCUGAACUGGACACCACUGUGACGGAGAAAGGUCUUCCGCAUCCGUCGCCUCAUCAGUUUCUACAGCCUCUGCUGUCCAGCCUGUUGAUUCCGUUUCCAUCUCAAUAUCCACGCAUUUACCAGACAAUAAAAGCUCUGAAUCAUUUCGAGGAGUCAACUUAUCUACUUGAUCUGCAUACGUUCUUCGACUGUGAUGGCAAAAGCUGUGCGCGGUAUGUGAAUCUUGAUAAAAUUCGAAUAGAUUUCCGCCGACGGAUAGCGGAGUGUAAAGUCAAUUGCUGUGUCGCCUUAACAGAAGGUCUGCUGGAACCAUGCGGUACUGAACAGUACUCUACUGUUGAACUUCUCCUUCCGCACUUCAUCGAGUUGAUAAAAGCCGAUGACACGUCGAUUCUAGCUGCCUGGAACCUUUUCGACACUAUUUCUACCGCUUUGGGAAUCAGAGGCACUCAAAGACACCUCCUGCAACCGAUUCUUCUGCUCUACGAAUCGGAUGAAAACGAGACCCGAAUCAACCAGCAACAAAAUCCACAACUGAGCAAUGAUCCGGGAACAUUGAAGUUCACCAGAAAUAGCUCCUUCAAGUCCCGUAAAUCGGUAAAGCUCUACCACCAUAGCUUUCUUCUCAAACUGAUUGUGCGAUUCGGCUUACGCUGCUUCCUGGAGAACUUCAUAGCACCGUUGGUAGAAGCUGUUGGCGGCUACAAGGACGCUGACCUCAACCAACCAUACCACUUUCAUGAAAACCUUCCUAGCGGUGAUUUCAGAAGAUCACGGUCAUGUAGGAACUUCAAAUUAAGAAGCGACACCAGCAUCGAACCGUCAUCCGCUCAUGGCAAUGCAACCAGUCCAGGGCACGAAUCGUUGUCCAUCUCAAACACACUUGUCUCUCCGGAUGCGUCAGAGAAAACGAUAUCCCCCACAGUUGCUCAAAAUCUACCCCUCGAUGAUGCAUCCAUUGACGAAGACAUUGAAGAAAUGUUUAGUUUCGAUGAAGAUCCUCCGCCGGAACGUGUCAAGAAGUUCAAGACAAUUAUCAAUGUAGGAGGUGAAGAGUACAGUGACACAGAAAUGGAAACUGCUAUGAAGAGAAUCAUAGAGGACUUCGAUAUGAAAGCUGACUGUACUAGUUUUGAUCUACCGCUGAACCACUCACAGGCGGAAGAAGCAAUCGAAGAUUCGCUGGAGGAUGAGUUCGUUCUGUCACAGGAGUCUAUUACGGGAAGCAUGGAGAAACUCAACCUAAUUAUAGCCGUUACUUCAGAGUCUGAUCUCGAGAAGGGCGAUCCCAAGUCACCAACAAUUCCAAUCCCUUCUUCUUUCCGUAGAAGUAUCGAGCUCAAUUCCAUAGGCUGUGAAAUUGGAAGUAAGAAGAGCGUAGAUUCUAUGGAGUUUUUAUGCAAGACUCCACAACCAGAUCAUCCUAUGAAGAAUGCCCCAGCUGCUAACCAAAACGCUCAGAGAACCUCUGACACAACCAAGACUAGAUCGACUCGCAUCUCGGAGAUGAGUUCGGAGAGUUUGAUUUGGUUGUCUCAUCGCUUGGGCCCAGUUCUGAGCGCACGCUACCUCACCAGGAACCUGCUUAAGAUGCUCACCCUUUGUUACGUCGGUCCUGAAAAUCUCGUUCCAUGUGAUACAACCUCCCGCAGUCAAUCCAGGAAUAGUCUCAAUUACUUUACGAUAUCCGAUGGCUGCGUGGUUGGCGAUGAAUCCGCUCAACGCGUUAUCGAGUGUUUAACGUCGAUAUCGGCCCUCUUCGGUGAUCAAUUCAUCUUACUUCAGUACUUUCCGCAUGCCAGUGAACUGAUCGCACUCUGUCGCAAGAAAACCACCCAAACUUUAGAAGGAGGCUUAAUUAGUUCACUGCAGCUUGUCAAAUGUCUGAUUCCGUACCUCAAUGAUAGCACCGUGAUGGACCAACUUCAGGACUUCCUUCUUCGUUCAGUCAUCCAUCCGAUUAUUCGUCUGCUGGAGUCAACCAAAUUUGUCAUGCCAAGUGGAUUCCUCGCUCGAUCGGUUCUGGCUCGGAAACUCGUCGAUACUCUCUACGUGAUCUCAAAUCGCAUCGGUCGAGAAAUGACAAGGGAACACAUCUGUGUUCCGGCGUUGCAACGUUUCUUCCUCAUCUUCGACAAAGCCUACGGCCAAAGCGAGCACUUCAGAGACCUGAAAAAUCGCACGGAUUCUAGUCCAUGUAGCUCCGGAACUGAUGAUUCCCACAUUAUCGAAUUUCGUCGGGACGGAGGAACAAGAGAACUUUCUGUGAGUGGUCCGGAGAUUCGUCCAGCUAGAGUCAAAGGACAGGAACCGCUGGACAGUUACACCCCACCGAGUGCUUUAGACCACGAUCUUCAAUUGGAACGCGAAUCACGCCCUCCUAUCCAAGGUUGCGUUCGCUCGAGAGCCAUGGAAGAAAUUCGAGACGUCUUUACCCCAAAUCUUGCCUAUUGUUCAUUCCUGCCGUUCCUCAACUACCUCGGUCAGCUAGAAAUGUCACAAACGCUGAAAAACAUGGCCCUGGUGCUGAACCUCUGCCACGAUCACGAACAGCCGGACUAUUCGAGGGAAGAGUACGGCAGGUUCAAAUCAGACGCCGAUCGAGACGAUGAAGAGAGCCAACUGGAGUCACUGAACUGUUCGAACACGUUCGGUUCCAACAUCAUCGGCAAUCGUAUCGAAGUUCGAAACGAUUCCAACAAAAUCGAGCUGGACCAAAAGGAACUGCUAGGGAUGGUGACGUACCGUUUGGAUCAGGUGAACAGCGCUCGGAAUUUGCGGGGGAAUUGGUUGGCUUACUGGGAGCACGAGAUCGGUCGCUCAGACAAAGACAAUCGGUUCAAUUUGAAGCAGAUCAAGCUGCAAACGUAUAGCGGACACACGAACUCAAUCAAGGCAGUGCUGGCGCUGGACAAUGAGAACAGUUUCAUCUCCGCAUCGAAGGACAAGACCGUUAAACUGUGGUCGCUGCGCAGUGAAGGCGAUGGCAAUAAAAUGUCAUCCUGCCAAUUCACUUACAUCAAUCAUCGCAAAUCCGUGCAUUCUCUGGCCUUCCUGGAAUCGAUGAGAUUAACCAUCUCUUGCGAUUCUGGUGUCCACCUGUGGGAUCCAUUCGUAGGAGCCCAAAUCGGUCAGUUGGACGUUCCGAAGUACACUCCCGUUUCGGUGGUGAAGACAUUCCCGUCACCCAGUUGCCUGGUACUGGCCGGAACGGCCGACAGUUGCAUCCGCAUGAUCGAUGCCCGUACUUUCAGCUACUGUAACGAAUGGCGUGUUUCCAGUGCGCCGGUUGGUUCGGUAAGAACCAUUGCUAUUUCCCCUUCUGGUGCGUGGAUCGCCGUGGGUCUCAGUUCCGGGCACGUAACCGUCCUCGAUGGACGGACCGGAUUCAUCAUUUCCUCCUGGCGAGCGAAUGACAGUGAUCUCCUGCAGCUGCUGGCACCGAACGAAAACCAACUGAUCAGUACCAGUUUGGAUUAUUCUCUCAGUGUGUGGAACCCUAGCACGGGAAACUUGCAGUUUAAUUUGAAAAACCGUCCCGAACCAGUCCACUGCCUCACCAGCAACGGUCCGGAGCUGAUCGUUGGUACUCCUACCAACCGGAUCGGUGUCUACGGAGCCAUCAGUACGGAUACGACCUUCUCGUACACCAAACUGCGCUCGGAGACGUUCAAAGGCGUGUUGACCAGUUUUUCGCUUCUGCCGCUUAACCGGAUGCUGCUAGUCGGUGGCGACAAUGGCACCAUUGGUUUACUCUGCUAGAAAGCAUUUCACCAUAUUCGAAUUUGCUCGAGGAAACCUGUGCAUUCCGAACUCCAGAAAACAAAACCACUGCUGUUGCACUAGCAGUUAAACUCUGAAAGCAUUCCAAGGUUAGAAAAAAAGAAGACAUUUCGAAUACCAAGAAGUUCGUCAUUUUUUGUUUGAUGUUUUUUUUUCUUGUGAGUUAUAGUAGUUAUUCAAUACUUAUUACCAUUUGUAUCUUAUACACAUCUAGUGUGGAUAUAUGAGAAUUGAUAUUGUGAAGAUAAGCAUACCAAAAAUAUUAUUAGAAUAAGCAUGAUUGAUUGAAACGAAA